GCAGGUCCAAACAUAACAGAUAAAGAACAAGAUUAAUAGAGUCCCUAUUAUUGUUGUUGCCUGUAGAAUUUAUAUUUAGGUUAAGUGAUACUUUUAGGAGGCUAUGCUGCAGAGAAUUACCGACAGAUUAUGUUGUGAGUUAGAGUAACAAUGAGUAAAGAUAAACGUUGGAUUAUUCAGAAUGAUCCAGGUAUUUUGCGUAAAAAGGCAGAUGCCGAAACUGACCUUCUUGUUUUUGGAUAUGCAUGCAAAGUCUUCAGGGAUGACGAAAAAGCACUUGAGAUGGAUCAAGGAAAGCACCUCAUACCAUGGAUGGGGGACGAAACACUUAAAAUUGACAGGUAUGAUGCUAGAGGACAUUUGAGUGAAGUCUCUCAGUUUGAAGCCACAAAUCAAGAUUAUGUUUUAACUGCAGAGGAAAGACGAAUUGAACAGAUUUGUGAUGAAGAAAGAUAUCGAGCCCUUCACCAUAAUGAGGAGGAGCAAGAGAUGUACCAAGAAGAGGAACUGAAACGACUAAAGCAAGCGCUCAGUUCAGACAAGGAGUAUGGGCAAGUUGCUUAUCAGUAUGAGAAUGACAAACCCCCGCCUACCAACACUGAGCCAGAUAGUAACACAGAAGAAGAGGAGCCUUUUACACCAAACCCCACUUUGUUUAUACCUGCAGAUAUGACACUGCCAUCCACAGUUAAAGAAAACCAAAUAAUAGAGAAAACUGCCGCUCAUAUAGCAUCCCAUGGAUCUCAAGUAGAGAUAUUGAUCAAAACAAGACAAGCCAACAACCAGAAACUUAAUUUUCUACACGUCGGAAGUCCUCUGAACCCAUACUACAAUUUCAUCCUUGGUCAAAUAAAAAUAGGACGUUACAAACCAGCAUUUAUGACCCAACAAGAAGAUGAAAGCGCUCUAGAAAAUGAUGAACAUUAUUUACAUCCUAGUUUAGCUCCUUCAUCCACUACUGUUGAAUCUGCUCCAAGUAUACCAAGUAUUGCCUACAAGCCCUCCUCAGACUGUUCCUACAACUUGUUGGUCAACAAGAUCCGCAAUAUGCAGCAAAGUCUAGCUGAUAGUAUGGGAGAAAAAGAAGAACCUAGCACUUCUGGAGACAGCCCAACAUUCCGUAGGAGGCGGCGUAGUAAACGUCACUCUAUUCAGGCACAACCUACAACUUCAGUUCAGAAACAAGUUUCUGUUCCGCCGCAGCAUGUCAAGGAGAUUGUCUCUCGACUAAUAAAUUUUGCCUACUCCAGAGAUUUACAUCCAUCAGAAAUAGCUUCUGACUUAAUGAAACAAGAUCCUAAGAACUUUUUGUUUGUGGAGCCUGGUCAUAAGUAUCAUGACUACUACGUUCAACAGUUACGAGAAACAUAUAAGGAAAACAUAUACAAUUUAUCAAACCCUUCAAUGGAAACAGUUGAGAACGAAGAACAAAACGGUUUUAACCUUGGCAAUGCUUAUGGUCCUGAAAGGCCAUCAGAGGAAGAUUUAAAUCACUUAGUCUUAAGUAAGAACCCUCCUUCAUUCCAGGAGUCUACCGAUGGUGUGUCGUCAGUAGUUGAUGAAGAUUCAUCUGCCCCUUACAGCCAGUAUGAUGUCCCAAGUCAACCAAACUCCAAACCAGCUCCAGUUUGCUUCUCCAUCAAGAAACCGAAAGAAACAGAGCGAUUAGGACACGCUAGUGCUUUUCCUCUGGAGGAAUCAUCCUCUGGUGAAGAUGGAGUAGAGGAGGGAGAAAUUGUUCCAACACCUCAGGACAGUAGAAAAGAAAGGUGCAGUGAAGGGGAGAACAGCACAGUUGCUUCUGAUGAAAGACCAAAAACCCCAACAAAAUCUUCAAAAGAGAAAGAACAUUUGUUAAAACAUUGUAAACAAUCUCCAGGUUCUGCUUCCUCAGUCGAGGUUGUUAUUAUCUCUCCACAAACAUCAGACAACAGCAGAAGAACCGAUGCAACUCCAGAUGGUAGCUCUCAUGUAAGCCCAGGAACUACUCUAAGCAGUGGCAGAAAAAGUGUAAAAACUCCUAACAAAACUAAAACUUCAAGCAGCAAAAAAAGAACUAGGUCCACUGAUAGAAGUAGGAAAAGUACCACCCCAAAUGGCAGUCGCCUUAGUUCCAGGAAAUUAUUAUCAUCUGGUGAUUCAAGUAGGAAAAGCAGAGAGCGAAAACAUCACCCAAAAUACAAAGCAAAAUCAACCUCAUUUCCAGACAAAUACAAGGAUAACCGAGAAAGGGAAAAACUCAAGGCCUUGAAUGACAGAUCUGAUGUAAAUUCACUAUUGAGAAUAAGAGAAAAAAUGAAGGCAAUGGAGGAGAAAGGCGGAGGAAAUGCCGACUCUGUAACAAAAGUUAGAAAUGAUAGUGAUGAUCUCCCCCCACUUCCAGAGGACUCGCUUCUUAACUCGCACUCUGGUGUAGAAGUGAAUCUUGAAAAGAAACGAGAGGAAAGGAAGAAAAAAGUAAAAGAAAUGAUACAAAAAAUCAAAACUGAAUCAUUAGGUUCACACGAAAAUAGUCAAGUCUUAUUGCAAGGUGAAUCUGGCCUUACUUCAUCUACUAAUGGGUCGCCAAGUUUCUCAAAGUCAUUUCUGUCUCAAGUCAAAACCUCUGUGCUGAAUAAAAAUAACAAGACUGAACCGAGCAAAGGUGAUUCUCAAAAGGAUAUUGAAGAGCAGUUACGUGAACAGGUCAAACAAUCAUUAAAAAAGAUUGCUGAGACGACAUUGGCUGCCAUUCCACCUGUAACGGAAGAUAGCUGUUCCCAGUUCGAUCACAGUUCAGCAGCAAAUAGUAAUGGCUUCGAAUCACCUACGUCAUGUGGAAGGCCUAUAUACAGAGUUUCACAGACUCCCACAGUAGGAUUAAUGGAUUUUAGUUUUCAAGAUUCAAGCAGAAGUAGAUCAAGCAGCACAGUUAUUUCCCUUCGAUCCCACAAAAAGAAGAAACACCACAAAAAGAAGAAGAAGAAGCGCAAAGGGCGUUCAAAAUCAAAAAAGCACCACGAGUCUUCAUCUGAUAGUAGCAGUUCGGAGGACGAGAGCACGGACGACUGGGAGAGCAGUAGUGAUAGCGAUGCACAACCUAAGAAGAGACACAAGAAGUCCGGAAAACGCAGCCACAAGAAGCACAAACGUAAACACCGAAAACGGCAAUCGUCAUCUUCCUCCUCCACGGACUGAAGUCUGGUUCUACUUCAGAACACAACUUUUAACAUAACAAAAAUUAUAAAAUUAUUAUCUUAAGUUGUUAUGUGUUUUUCAUCAAAUGUACAAGUAAGUUUAAACUUGUUAUAUUUAUGGUAAAUUAUUUAUUUUUAACUCAGAUUGCUUAGUCAAGUUGCGAGGUUCUCAUACCAGAAGAUUCAAUAUAUUGCAUACUUUUAAUUUUAAGUUAUUUCCAUUCCAUGUAUGUGUUUGAUCACAUUUAAUGUUAUUUAUAUUUUCAAUACUGAGAUUUUAUCUCUAUGUCAAUUUGUUGUUUACUUAAAUGAAUUAUUUUCUUUGUUGAAUUGUAAACCAAAGAAGUUGUUGAUUUUAAAAUGUUUAGUUCUUUCAGUAAUGAAACUGUGCGAUUUCUUGACUCGUUUUUAAUCUAAAUAAACUUUUGAGAAAAUAAAUGCCUCAUAUUAUCUGCAGUAUGUUAAGCAUCAUUUUUGGCCAUACAGUAUAGGAAUGGGAAUUCUACCAUUUUGUUCACAAUUUAGAGGACUACAAAAUACUGGAUUGUUAUCAAAAUCAUUCAGGCCAUUUUUGAGAAAAAUUCAAUUUUUCCGUUAUUUUAUGGGAAAAUCACCAUUAAACAUUUUUAAAUGAAAAAUACGCCUAGAGAUGAUAUGUAGUACCUACAUACCAAAUUUCAUAAAAAUCAGACUACAGGUGUGGUCUGUAGCUCUGUACACAUCCACACAUAUAGAUAGAUAGACAGAAAGUCCUAGGUAGGUUGUGUCUUUCAGUAAUAGAAAAUAUUUAAGAUGUGUCUAUAAUGAUAAGAAUCUUUAACUAUGAUGAACAGAACUAGACAUCCCAUCCUUAUGUUGAAGCUUAAACCCCUUUUAACCCUUUCAGUGCUAGGCCAAUUAUUCGUAUUUGGUAAGACUUUUUUUGUUUACCUUUUAAUUCCAUUGCCUUUUUUUGAAUUGUAACUGUAUUGUUGUCACUAUUAUAUUAAUUAGGCUAAUUUUGAUUAAUAAGACAAUAACAAUUAUAUAAAAAAAGAAAGGCCGGGUAUUUGUAGUAAACAAUAAAUAAAACUUUGAUUUUGUUGUAAAUUUCCAAGUUUUCUGAUAUCAAUGUUUGAAAGCAAAAUCCCAUAAAAUCGAAAGACAUCUAGUUUACAAUGUAAUAUUGAAUUUAACCUUGAUUUAGUUAGAUAAUGUUAUUAUAAUAUAGCCAUUUUAGGAAAAAUAGUUUUUUGCAGCAAAGCCUCAGUAACACAAUUUAUGAUCACUGUUUUGGUUCAACUGAAAAAUAUAAUCUAAAUAGUCCGUGACUAACUAGUACUGCUACCUUGUAACGCAUUGAACAACCUGCUCUAGCGCUAUCUGUUCACAAUCGUUGGCGUCAGCUUAAAUACCGGUUUUUGACUCCUCAGUCUCCAAGCACAGAUAGCCGAGAAGGCUAGGGCAUGUGUCACUUGGCCAGUGUCAUUUGUUUGUUCGGGUUCGAUUCCCAUCCUGUGUUUUUGUAGCGAUAUACUACAACCACUGGGGCAUAGUGUGGUGUUCUUAAUCCUUGGUUUAGACCUACACCUUGAAUCAUCGGAUUGGGCGAAUCUUUUAGCUAAGUGGUUGUUAGUGUAUCCUAUGAACAUGCUGGUCACCAAUGGCCGUUUUGCUACUUUUGUUAAAAUAACCUUCCUCUCUAUAUCCCUUAGAGAUUUUAGUAAACGCCGAUAUAUCGUCGCAUAACACUCAAAGGGUUAAAAUAAUACUGAACCCAGUUGAGUUGAGCUUCUGAAAGUAUGGUUAACCAACCUAAAGUGAUGGGACAACUGUCAUAUUGUAAGGAGCAUUUUUUAUGUCUCAUCACCUGCCUCAGUAAUAUGAAAUAUAACUCAUGGAUAAAAUAUAGCUUGUGGCACAUUCUGUGAGUCACUCAUUCAACUAUAUUCUCUUUGGAAACAUUUGGCUACUGGUGGUCCAUAUAGGUGGGAUGUCUAGCUCAGUAUUGACAAGUCAAUGGUUAUAGAACACAAACAAAAUAGUAAAUAAUACUCUCACGCUGUAGCAAACCGGCAAACUAGGUGAAUUUCCAUAUUCCUGAUCACAUUUAUACAGAAAUAUUUCCUCAAUUAAACCUGCCAGGUUUAUUUUGAAUUAAAUAAUUUUGGGUUCAAUAAAGUACUCUGGUUUUGCAACUACAGGGAAGGCAGUAAAAUGGUUUUAGUUAAAUGUUAACAAUAGCAGUUUGAAUUUAAAAAUGAAUUUCCCAAAUUUUAUCAAAAGGUAUCCAUCAACAAGCAAACUCCAAAAUUUUACUUAUUCUUCAUAAGAAUAACAUAAUAAUCUUGUAUGUACCCCUUUUGGACUUUCCUCUGUACACCAACACUUAAGUUUACUAUAGCUUUAAAAUAGCCCAAUUAACUAAUUGGGCUUUUUUAAAGCUCAACAAAAUGGUUUUUUAAAUAAAUUGAAUAUAUAGGUUUCAAGGGUUGAAUUAAGAAAAUCCAAUUUUCCUACAGUUACCAGACAAAACGGGCUUUCUUGCACUGAUUAUAGCACGCAAAGUAGCUAAUUGCUGCAUUUACUUACUUUUGCCACACUCCAGUAUUCCAACAAAACAACACAAAACAGUGUGUGCUUUAUUAGGCACGUAAUAAGUGUAUGCUUGAAAAUAAUUUGACAACACAGAUACACUAUGAUCAGCUGGUGCAAUGUUUUCCAUUUCAUUCAACGCUUGGAUUUAUGUUAACCUAAAAGGUGCUGUUUAGGGAUUAGAAGACUAAUUAUUUAUAUGCUUUAUAGUAACUGUAGGAAAAAUAUAAUGUGUAACGCAAGUGCAAUGUGCCUUUGCUGCACUCGAGUAACUUUUCACGCUUGCCUGCUGCUCAUGCGUAAAUAUUUCUCUCAUCUGCAGCAAGGUGCCACUUCGCACACUAGUUACACAAAUAACUAUUUUACACCAUAAACCUUGGUUUAUUAAAGCAAAAUAACUUUGAAGCCAAUUUGGGAUAAAAGUAAAUGAUAGACUUAUUUUUUGUUUUGUGAGUAUGUUUGCUGUAACAUAUGACAAAAAAAUGUGUCUCUAGGGCUUAAAAAUAUGAACUUGAACGGAUAGUAUUUUUGGCCUCUGGGAACCUCAAAACGAAAUUAAAUAGGUCCCGGGUCUCUGUAUGGGAAAUUCGCUAAAACAUGCUUCAAAUAAAUUUACAGGAUUAAAAAUCUACUUGAAGAAUUCAAUGUCAAAGCUAUAACUAUAAUUAUAAAUAUUAACUUUCUUUGAUUCAUUUGUAGGUUUAGAAAUAGGUCAGAAAUUAAUCAUGACUAGACCAAUAUGUAAAGUAAAUAUAUACAGUAAUCUACUUAUUAUAUAUUUAUAUAUUGUAGUUUAUUGUAUCAACCUGUACAUUUGUACAUUGUUUGUUUUUGUAUAAUAUUUUAUAUAAUAA